GCUCGCCGCCUCCUGCCGAUCUCCCAGGGCUGCGAGCCGCGGCGGCCGGGGGCUGCGCGCUCGGGCGGCCCAGGCCGAAGAAGUUAAGUUGUGCGCUCAGCUUAGUGAGCGGAGCAAGCGAGCGAUCGAAGCAGCAGCCAAGCGCCGGGGCCAUGGGCUGGGGGAGCCGCUGCUGCUGCCCGGGACGGCUGGACCUGCUCUGCCUACUGGCGCUCCUUGGGGGCUGCCUGCUCCCCGUGUGCCGGACGCGCGUCUACACCAACCACUGGGCAGUCAAAAUCGCCGGCGGCUUCCCGGAGGCCAACCGCAUAGCCAGCAAGUACGGAUUCAUCAACAUAGGACAGAUUGGGGCCCUGAAGGAUUACUACCACUUCUAUCACAGCAGGACGAUUAAAAGGUCAGUUCUCUCAAGCAGAGGAACCCACAGUUUCAUUUCAAUGGAACCAAAGGUGGAAUGGAUCCAACAGCAAGUGGUAAAAAAACGGACCAAGAGGGAUUAUGACUUCAGCCGCACCCAGUCCACUUACUUCAAUGAUCCCAAGUGGCCAAGCAUGUGGUAUAUGCACUGCAGUGACAACACGCAUCCCUGCCAGUCAGACAUGAACAUUGAAGGAGCCUGGAAGAGAGGCUACACGGGCAAGAACAUCGUGGUCACUAUCCUGGAUGAUGGCAUUGAGAGGACCCAUCCGGAUCUGAUGCAAAACUAUGAUGCUCUGGCAAGCUAUGACGUGAAUGGGAAUGACCUAGACCCCAUGCCCCGCUACGAUGCAAGCAACGAGAACAAGCACGGGACCCGCUGCGCUGGAGAGGUGGCCGCCGCAGCAAACAACUCUCACUGUACAGUGGGCAUUGCUUUCAACGCCAAGAUCGGAGGAGUUCGAAUGCUGGAUGGAGACGUCACGGACAUGGUUGAAGCAAAAUCAGUGAGCUUCAAUCCCCAGCAUGUGCACAUUUACAGUGCAAGCUGGGGUCCAGAUGAUGAUGGCAAGACUGUGGAUGGACCAGCGCCACUCACCCGGCAAGCCUUCGAAAACGGUGUUAGAAUGGGGCGGAGAGGCCUCGGCUCAGUUUUUGUCUGGGCGUCAGGAAACGGUGGAAGGAGCAAAGACCACUGCUCCUGUGACGGCUACACCAACAGCAUCUAUACCAUCUCCAUCAGCAGCACAGCUGAAAGUGGAAAGAAGCCGUGGUACCUGGAAGAGUGUUCAUCCACGCUGGCCACAACCUACAGCAGCGGAGAGUCCUAUGAUAAGAAAAUAAUCACUACGGAUCUGAGGCAGCGUUGCACGGACAACCACACAGGGACAUCAGCCUCAGCCCCCAUGGCUGCAGGCAUCAUCGCACUGGCCCUGGAAGCCAAUCCGUUUCUGACCUGGAGAGACGUGCAGCAUGUUAUUGUCAGGACUUCCCGUGCAGGACAUUUGAACGCUAAUGACUGGAAAACCAAUGCUGCUGGUUUUAAGGUGAGCCAUCUCUAUGGAUUUGGACUGAUGGAUGCAGAAGCCAUGGUGAUGGAGGCGGAGAAGUGGACCACUGUUCCCCAGCAGCACGUGUGUGUGGAGAGCACAGACCGACAAAUCAAGACGAUUCGCCCCAACAGUGCAGUGCGCUCCAUCUACAAAGCUUCGGGCUGCUCCGACAACCCCAACCAUCACGUCAACUACCUAGAGCAUGUAGUCGUGCGCAUCACCAUCACCCACCCCAGGAGGGGAGACCUGGCCAUCUACCUGACCUCGCCCUCAGGAACCAGGUCCCAGCUUUUGGCCAACAGGCUUUUUGAUCAUUCCAUGGAAGGAUUUAAAAAUUGGGAGUUCAUGACCAUUCACUGCUGGGGAGAACGAGCUGCCGGUGACUGGAUCCUGGAAGUUUAUGACACUCCCUCUCAGCUGAGGAACUUCAAGACUCCAGGUAAAUUGAAAGAAUGGUCUCUGGUCCUCUAUGGCACCUCUGUGCAGCCAUACUCCCCCACCAAUGAGUUUCCUAAAGUGGAGCGUGUCCGCUACAGCCGAGUGGAAGACCCCACCGACGACUAUGGGGCGGAGGAUUAUGCAGGUCCCUGUGACCCUGAGUGCAGUGAGGUGGGCUGUGAUGGGCCAGGACCCGACCACUGCAAUGACUGUUUGCACUACUACUACAAGCUGAAAAAUAACACCAGAAUCUGCGUCUCCAGCUGCCCUCCUGGCCACUACCAUGCUGACAAGAAGCGGUGCAGAAAGUGUGCCCCCAACUGCGAGUCCUGCUUCGGAAGCCACGGGGACCAGUGCCUGUCCUGUAAAUACGGAUACUUCCUGAAUGAAGAAACCAACAGCUGUGUCACUCACUGCCCUGAUGGAUCAUAUCAGGACACCAAGAAAAGUCUUUGCCAGAAGUGCAAUGAAAACUGCAAGACAUGUACUGAAUCUGACAACUGUACAGAAUGCAGGGAGGGGUUAAGCCUGCAGGGGUCCCGGUGUGCCAUCAGCUGUGAGGACGGAUGGUACUUCAACGGCCAAGACUGCCAGCCCUGCCACCGCUUCUGCGCCACCUGUGCUGGUGCGGGUGCUGACGGGUGUAUCAACUGCACAGGGGGCUACUUCAUGGAGGAGCGGAGAUGCGUGCAGAGCUGUAGCAUCAGCUACUACUUUGACCACUCUUCAGAAAAUGGAUACAAAUCCUGCAAAAAAUGUGACGCCAGCUGUUUGACAUGCAAUGGUCCAGGGAUCAAGAACUGUACAAGCUGUCCCAGUGGGUAUCUCUUAGACUUAGGAAUGUGUCAGAUGGGGGCCAUCUGCAAGGACGGAGAGUACGUCGACGAGCACGGCCACUGCCAGACCUGCGAAGCCUCGUGUGCCCAGUGCCGAGGACCGACCCGGGAAGACUGCACACGCUGCCCGCUAACAAGGAUUUUUGAUGAUGGCCGCUGCAUUUUCAACUGUUCCUUGGGCAAAUUUGAAUUCAGGAACCAGUGUCAUCCAUGUCACUUCACCUGCCAAGAAUGCCAAGGAGAUGGGCCUUCCAACUGCACCUCCUGUGGAGUAGAUAAGCGUGGCCGAGAGCGGUUCCUGUACUGGGGGGAGUGUCAAGAGAGCUGCCCCCUGGGCUACUACCCUGACGAGGGCCACGUCUGCCAGCCCUGCCCAGACAACUGUGAGCUCUGUCACAGCACACACGUCUGCACCCGAUGUGUGCGCGGCUACUUCAUGAUGCCCUCCAAUGACAGCUGCCAGAAGUUAGAAUGUGGACAAGGUGAAAUCCAAGACCCAGACUAUGAAGAAUGUGUGUCUUGUGAAGAAGGGUGUCUGGGAUGCAGCUUAGAUGAUCCAGGAACCUGCACAUCAUGCGCUACAGGGUACUACAUGUUCAAACACCACUGUUAUAAAACCUGUCCUGAGAAGACCUACAGGGAAGAAUUUGAAUGCAAAGCGUGUGAUACCAACUGUGGCAACUGUGACCACAAUGAGUGUUACUGGUGUGAAGAGGGCUUCUUCCUCUUGGGGGGCAGCUGCGUGAGGAACUGUGGCCCUGGCUUCUACGGUGACCCAGAGAUGGGAGUCUGUGAGCCCUGCCACCAAGCCUGCGAAACCUGCACCGGCCUUGGCCACGACCAAUGCAGCAGUUGCCAAGAAGGCCUGCAGCUGCUGCGGGGGACAUGUGUGCGUCACGCCCAGACCCAGGAGGAAGGCAGCUUCUGGAAUGGCAGAUUCUUUACCACUGAGUCACCUGGGAAGCCCUUGGUCAGGAGGGAAGCAACCACCAAAGGGCAACUGACAGUACCUGUGUCCACUGCAAGCCCAUCUUUGGUGAAGAGCCUGCUGCAGGAGCAACGAAGGUGGAAGUUUCAAAUCAAAAGAGACCUUUUGAGAAGACACCAGUCAUGUCAUUCUUCUUGUAAAACCUGCCAUGGAUCGGCAACCCUGUGCACUUCAUGUCCAAAAGGCACCUAUCUGCUGGCUCAGACCUGCGUCCCAUCCUGUCCCCAAGGCACGUGGCCCUCAGCGAGGAGCGGCAGCUGCGAGAACUGCACAGAAGACUGUGCCUCUUGCUCCGAAGUCAAUCUUUGCCAAAAGUGCCAAACGCGGCCAGACCACCCCCUCUUCCUCCACCAAGGCAGGUGCUUCACCAGGUGCCCUGAGGGCUUCUAUGCAGAUGACGAAUCUUGUGAGCACUGCAGCUCUUCCUGCAGAACUUGUGAAGGAAAUGCCACCAACUGUCAGUCCUGCGAAGGCGGCCUUGUCCUGGACCAGGGGGUGUGCCGGGAAACCUGCCCCGAGAGGCACGUGGCCAUGGACGGGGUGUGCAAGCGCUGCCCAGAGAUGUGUCAGGACUGCAUCCAUGAGAAAACAUGCAAAGAGUGCAUGCCCGAGUUCUUCCUGUAUAAGGAUGCGUGCCACCAGUCCUGUCCCAGCCACUUCUACGCAGACAGGCGCCACUGUGUUCCCUGCCAUGAAGACUGUCUGGAGUGCAGUGGCCCCUCGGCGGAUGACUGCGACCUCUGUGCCGACGCGUCCUUGGUUCUCUACGAUGGGCAGUGUUUAGAUGAGUGUCCUGAACGAACUUACCUUGAAAAAGAGACUCAAGUCUGCAAAGACUGUCACAAGACCUGCCGCACCUGCUCGUCCUCGGGGGCCUGCACGACGUGUCAGGAAGGCCUGAGGGUGAACAACCACGGGCGCUGUGUGCCUCACACGGAAUGCGCCGCCGUGGAGUACUGGGACGGGGAGGCACUAGCAUGCAAGGCCUGUCACGCCAAGUGCCUCCACUGCACGGGGCCCGCGGAGAACCAGUGUCAGACCUGCCUGCGCGACAGCCUUCUGCUCAACACAACCUGCGUGCAGGACUGCCCCGAAGGCUACUACGCUGAUGAGGACAGCCACCGGUGUGCCCCCUGCCACAGCUCUUGUAGGACAUGUGAAGGAAGACACAGCAUGCAAUGCCUCUCCUGCCUGCCAGGCUGGUUCCAACUGGGACAGGAGUGCCUGACCCAGUGCAGAGAAGGAUAUUAUGCAGAAAACUCCACAGGACAGUGCAAGAGAUGCAGCAGGAGCUGCAAGGCCUGCCAGGGCCCGCAGCCCACAGACUGCCUGUCCUGCGAUCCAUUCUUCUUUCUGCUCCGCUCCAAAGGACAGUGUCACCGCACCUGUCCAGAGCAUCACUAUGUGGAGCAAAGCACCCAGACCUGCGAGAGAUGCCACCCGACCUGUGAUAAAUGCAAAGGGAAAGGAGCAUUGAACUGCUUGUCCUGUGUGUGGAGUUACCACCUGGUGGGAGGACUGUGUACCUCGGACUGUCUUGUGGGGGAGUUCAGAGUGGGAGAGGGGGAGAAAUUUAACUGUGAGAAGUGCCACGAGAGCUGCAUAGAAUGCAAGGGCCCCGGCACCAGGAACUGCACCGUGUGCCCUGCCGGCCUGGUGCUGCACACGGACGACAGCCGCUGCCUGCGUUGCUGCGAUGCCUCCGAUCCCGCCAGUGCCCGGGAGUGCUGUGACUGCCACCUUACCGAAGAUGAGUGUAUCCUUCAAGCAAGUGAGGUUGAGCCUGCAGGUGAGCGUUCCAAGACAGCCCUGUUGAUGACUUCCUCCAUUAUGCUGGUGCUUCUGCUCGGGGCAGCUGUGAUUGUCUGGAGGAAAUCUCGGAGCAGAGCCAAGUCAACAGAAAAAGGCGGCUAUGCAAAGCUGGCUGAACCUAGCGUGUCUUACUCCUCCUAUAAGAGCAGCCAUCGUGAGAGCUUUGAAGAGGAUCAAGUGAUUGAGUACAGAGACCGGGAGUAUGAGGAGGAUGAUGAUGAUGACAUUGUCUACAUGGGCCAAGAUGGCACUGUCUACCGGAAAUUUAAGUAUGGGCUGCUAGAUGAUGACAAUGAAGAUGACCUGGAAUACGAUGAUGAGAGCUACUCCUACCAGUAAACAGAGGCCAUGCCCACUCCACCACAUUCCGCUCAUGGGCAUGCAUGUGAGCAUUACAGUGUUGGAUUUUAUCCCAACGUACCAGGCUGACGUUGAGGGUGUUUGUCUUCUUAACCAAGAAUCCAACUAGAGUAUAUGAGAGUGCUGAAAUAUUUUGUUCUUCUUUUGGAUGGUUAAACUCAAUUAACCAUAAUUAUUCAACCAUGAUUGAGAGACAAGGAUAAAAUUUGGAGGAAUUGUUCUCAAAACAGUAUCUCAAGACAUAAAACAUAGGAAGUUUUUUUUAAAAAAAGUGAAAUUUUUGUGCAAACCGUUUCAUGUGAUUAAAAAAAAAAGAAAUAGACCUAUAGAAAUUCUGUUUCUCAGCUGCAUUGUAGACAUAUUUGCUACCUUUUCAAUUUCUGAUAGUUCUGUAAUUGAUUUUGGGGGAUGAGGAGACAAAAGAACUGUUUGUCUUAGGGGAUUUUCCUUCCCCUUUAGUUCUCUUGGGGCAGAGAUUUGUUCCUUAAGAGACCACUAAAGAAAGUUCUCCUCUUCAUGCCAUUUAUACCAAUUACUCCAGCUCAUCCCUGAGUAAUAGAGACCACCUCUGCUGAGGCUGAUCAGGAUCUAUUUAUAGAUGGGAGAAAAGACAUGAGAGGUUGCUUCAUAGCCAAGGAAGCAUGCAUCCUCCAUGCCUUGGUUCCUCUGCAGUAGUCCAUAGUCAUGAUGAUUCUAGAGCAAGCUCAGGCAGGAGACUGGUGACAGCAAGCCCAGGAGAGACAUCACCAUUUCUAAGAAUGGUCAGUCUUACACUCUUGUGAGUUUUCUAAGGGUGUUUCUGGUUAGAAACAACAGCUAAAACAUCAAGUAAUAAAAGAAAAUUGGCAAUGUUAACCUAACAUAAAAUGGGAUGAAAUGACAGAAACUUCAGAUACUCUUUUAAAAAAAAGACUUUAGCUACUAAAUUAAAGAGCUUUUAUGAACAGCCCAUCACAGAACUGUGGGCUCGCCACAGAAAAAGUUAGAAUGGAGUCUAACAUGGAAAUUCCCAACAUCCUGCUCACCAGCUUAAUCCAGCUGCUGACCAGCCUUCCAACACCCUUCAUCUCUAUGAUUUUUGUUUCUAGACAUCCUAGGCAUCCCUUUUUCCAUCCUCCUGUCAAGUAUACUCUUGGAUUUGUGCACACAGGACAGUUUUUCUGCAGGCAAUACAGAGACGAGCUCCUGCUAAGUGAAAUUAAGUAAGCAGGGUUUUAUGUAUUUCCUUGUCAAAACAGAAGUGGUUGGCAGUCUUGGGAGUGAACCACCAGAAAGAGAUAUUUUCAGAUAAUGAGGACAAUCACACACAAAAAUAAAUGUAUUUCACACUAUGUACUAGGUACCAAGCUAGAUAAUUCCUUUUAAAAAUUCACCCCACUUAAUAUCACUGUAACUUCUUAAGGUUGGUACCAUUAUUACCCUUUUUUAAAAUAGGAAAGCCAAGGCUUAUGAAAAGUUAAAUAGCCCAAGGUCACAGAAAGCUUAUCAAGAUUUAGGGAAAAAAGGAUUACUCUAAAAUGUGUGCUCCUAAAAACUAUGCUACACUGACACGAAGUAGAAAAAGAAGCAUCCUAAAUCUAAUAAAGGCCUAUCUUACUUUAUGAUAUGGCAAUGCUAUUAUCUUUCCUGAAUGUGUACAUUUUCUUUCUUUAAAAAAACAUAUCACUGACACAGGAAAUCUUUGUGAAGAAGUCUUCGGUUUACUGAAGGCCUCUGUGUUUCUUUAAGGGAAAGCUCUUAAAACAAAGAUUGGCAAACUUUCUCUGAAAAGAGCCAGAUAGUAAAUACUUUAGGCUUUGCACAACUAUCAGCUCUGCCAUUGUGGCAUGCAUGCAGCCAACCCACAACAAAUGGGUGGGCUGUGCUCCAAGAAAACUGUGUUUAUGGACACUGAAAUUUGGAUUUAAGAUAAUUUUCACAUAUCAUAAAAUAGUAUCCUUCUUUUGAUUUUUUUCCUCAGUCACUUAAAAAUGUGAAAAGCCAUUCUUGCCUCAAGGCAGUAAAGAAACAGGUGAUGGGCCAGAUUUGGCCAAGAGACUAUAAUUUGCUGACAAAAAUUCCUAAGACACCGUGUAUAUCACAGACACAUAUGAUAUGGUCCAAAAAAUUUUGAUCAUUUAAAAUCACCCCUUGAAAACCUAUCUGAACCCUUUAUAGAUCCUUUUCCAAAUCUUAGAAACAAAUAGAAAUACAUAUAAGAUAGCCAUCUCAUCAUGGAGAAUGGAAUGGCAAUCCACUCCAGAAUUCUUGCCCAGGAAAUCUCAUGGACAGAGGAACCUGGUGGACUACAGUCAGUGGGCUUGCAAAGAGUCAGACACAACUGAGCAACUGAGCGUGCAUGCACCAGCCAUUUUAUCAAUGCAAAAAUUCCUCAUCGCUUGUUGUGUAAUUGGAGUGUAGCCUAUGGAAAUAAGUAAUUAUGUUUACACUGUGUUGUGCAUCUUCCCUGAUAAUUCAAAACUCUGAUAAACUGAGUCUGACAUUUCUUUGUGUAGCCUGGAAAUCAUUUCCCAAGAAAAUUCUGUCUUUAGGAUACACAAUUAAGCAUUAAAUGAGGUCAAGAUGACCUUGAAAACUAAGAAAAAUUGUGUCAUUAUU